AUGCAACCGUGUCCCCUAUGUGUCACAAAGGAGACGUUGUACCGCUUGGCUGGAGAAUGUCGACUUCCGCCAUUGACGGUUUUAACCAAAAUCUGCGCUACCCAAAGUCGGUUUGAUGACUUUGCGAAUCGCCAAAAAGCAGACGAGGACAGCAUCCCAAUGAAUCUCAGAUCUGAAGUGUUCAAUCAUGCAGAGGGCUUGAGAAUCGGGUCUAUACACCCGGUGUUUGGCUCUAAAAUUGACGUCUCCAAUUCAAGUGCACUAGCAAAUUUCCUUCAACGAAACUCUUCAUGGAUGAUCAAUGCCAUCUGUAUCCACCCACGUCACACCACGCUCAAAUCCUCCAACGCCAGCUCGCUUUUGCUCCUCCGUCGCGAUGUUCCUCGCUUCAUGUCUUCGCAGCAAUCUCUCCCAUCGCCAUCGCCUGGCUUCCGUCUUCCCCCCUUGUUUUUGGUUCGCCGCUUCUGGAAUGUCAUCUCUCGACAUCGCCUACCGCCAGACAAGUCUGUUCCACCAGAAUGCUCCAAGCGUGGUUUCUUCAGUCAUCGUGUUCGCUCAAACUCAUCCGUGGAGCUUGCAGCCAUUAAAACCAACCAUCCAGUACCAGAAGUUGAAGGGGGAGAAGGGGAAGGUGAGAAACGUGAAACUGUUGAUGAUCAAUCGAAACCUCUUGAAACGACUAAUGCAGGCUCGAGGCAAAAUUUUGGGUCCCUGUAUUCCAGCACUCGACCUGCAAAUGCACCCCAACACAAUACCGUGCAAUUCCUGGCACUGCACUCGCCAUCUGAAGAGGCCCCGACAAGUGACGCGUUGCACCCCAGCACGGCUGCUCACGUCCAAUCCGAUCUUAAGACCACUCUUUCGACCCAGAUAAAGCCAUUGAGGUUGACCGGCGGUUCUCUAAGACAUUGCCUUCAUUGCAAGUUGACUCGCUCUAGUAGAGCGCAUCUUCAAAUUAUAUUGGGAGAGCCCGAGUGCGAGAGAAAACUCUUAGAGGAGACAGAAGAGAAACUAGUGACGCGACUUGGAAUUACCUAUCGUGUUCUGAGAAGGUUAGGCUUUUCACAGGACAUAGUAGAUGAAUGCCUCAGGGCAAUCCAAGGAGUAGAUCUGGAGGAAGCAUACGAAUGGCUUUACACUUACUGCUCGGAAGAUGAACUUGAAGAGAGAGUGGCUGAGGACCUUGACGACUCGAAAGUGCCUCGGAGAAAGCGUAAAGAGCUUCAGUCUCCGACGUCAAGAAGUCCUUUGCCGUCAUCCACCCCCUUACCACUUUCUCCAGUAGUGACAGCUGCAUCAAAGCUCGAUGCGAAUGCUUUGGUGUUUGUGCCAGCGAGACAUUGGCCAGCCUCAGAUUUAGACUUGCUGAAAUCUCGAGAUAUUCAUCCCGCCGAAUCGACGAGGUCUUCUCCGUCGAGAUCCAGUUCACCUGAUAUAGACGACCUGGUUGCAGAAGGCAAGCCAGCGCCUCACUGUGACCCUGUACUGGUCCAGCGUCUCCAAGACAAGCUUAUGGCUUUGAAAUCGCACUACUUCUUUAAUGAAAAAGAUGCAGAAACGCAGUAUCGGUCAGAACGUGCUAGGGUUGACGCCCUUUUACUCCAGUCAAGAUUACGAGAAUCGAGUCCAGAGCUGUCGGUGGCACAAGAGAAGAAAGUGGCAAAACCCCUCAAUGCUGGUCCGUGUGUUGAAAAACAAGAUAUACAUGUGCCGUCUGACAUCCCCGAUAUCUUUGACCAACACGAGGAGGGUCUCGGUAGCAUGCUUGAGAUAUUGGAUACCCUUCCUUCCGAAAUUGCUGGAGAGGGAGGGACCAUAAUUCGCAUACGGGACAUGAUCUUACCCAAGCACUGGUCCAGUAAAACACCGAAGACACUUCUAGCCGAGUUUGUCUUCAAGGUUGACCGUAUUGUUUCUGGGCCAAGUCGUGCGAAACGUGCAUGUGUUACGGUCAACUGGGAGGGGGGAAAGAUGGAUGAGUGGAACAUGCGCGAUGUUGCCUGUCAUAAUGAUAUCCAGGCAGAGUACUAUGUCGCAACGCUUGCUUUACACGCUCUUACAUUCCCUGCCACUGAUGGCUUUGCGGUCGGGUCUUCUGGUGCUUUAGCCAACCAUACGUCGUUCCGGUUACUCCCGCCUUUCAAGAUGGAGAAGAAUACGAGGGUCACCACAGAAGCCAAAGACCCCACACCAGUUCGGCUUCCGCCUCGCAAUGACACUGGCUCUGAUCAUAUCAUUGCGGACUUCAGAACGCGACAAAUGCGACCUGCAUAUCAGGAAAUGCUUUACUAUCACCGCAAGCAGCUUCCUAUUGCGAAGUAUAGAGAUGACAUUCAAUCUACUCUUGACCAUUCACAGAUCCUCGUGCUCAGUGGCGAGACUGGCUGCGACAAAUCAACACAAAUUCCUGCGUUCAUUUUAGAGGAUCAGCUGGCCGUGGCCUCCCUUGCAAGAUAUACUGCACGGAACCGCGACUCUGUUGGUGCCAUUGGAACCUCGAGCUUGCUUGUCGGAUAUUCGAUUCGAUUAGAAAGCAAUACUACGCGGAAUACUCGUCUAGCGUUUGUCACGAAUGCUAUAGAGUACGCAGAUUGGUCCACCCAGGAAAACUCACCGAUUAAUCUACAUAACAAAUCCCACAAGAACAGGAACAGGAACAGGUUUGAUUGGGACGAAGACACUGUCUACGGCAAUGAUGACGAAGAGACGCUAGUCGAUGGCGGACAGCAGAAUUCAAGCCAGUCUAUGAGGCUGGAGAAGCGUUACUCUUAUCAAACGAUUAACACCGUCAAUCUUCUUGAUGAGCGCGCGAUUCCAUACGAGUUGAUUCUUCAUCUACUAGAACGCCUCUGCUUUGAGGACAAAGAGAGGCAUCAUUUUUCAGCGGGUGUUCUAAUUUUUAUGCCUGGUUUAGGGGAAAUUCGGCGUAUGAACGAUCUUCUUACCGAACAUCAUGCAUUUGGGGAUGAAAACAGCUUCAGACACCAGCAAACAUCGCGAGUUGAGGUCGAUACCCCUCCCUCUUGGAGUCAACUGACUGUCCUUAGGUUUGACGAAAAGCGCCAACUCAGUCGUUUGGUCGAAACGUUCGUUGCCAAAAGUAAUGCUGCUCAGCGUAGAGGCCGCGCAGGACAGUUGGCAGAUCAUCCUUUGCCAGAGAUGAUGCGCUUCAGUUUAUCAGACCUCGCCCUGCACAUCAAAAUUAUGAAGGUGAAAAUUGGUACCUCCAUCGCGGAUGUGUUAUCCCGCGCACUGGAUCCUCCUACGCCAGUCAAUGUGCAAAGAGUUAUCUCAGCACUAGUCAGACAUGCAUCUAGGGAAUUUCUUGCUCACUGCGGUAUUGUUCCGAUGUCUGGACCCCGCUCUAACAAUUGCUGCUGCAAGUCCCCGUUCACAGUACCAAUGGGUAUGGAGCAAGAAGCGGACCGUGCCAAGAGUUCGUUCUGCAUUGAUAAUUCGGACUUCUUGACGAUCAACAAUGCAUUUUCGAGUUGGCGUAGAGCAUCCGAGAAUCUCAGUUUCCUUGUUAGUCGACUCUUCGUUUGUCAUCGUUUCAUUCGGGAACUCGGCCAUGCGCGUUUCGGUCGCAACCGCACGCGCUUCGUGAACGUGUCGCUGCUUCUGGAUAGCAAUGGACCUAAUAUUGCUCUCAUCAGCUCGGCUCUCACUGCGGGACUUUAUCCUAAAGUGCUGGCGAUUGACUCUUCCUCUGGGCAAAUGUGCACUAUAUCGAAUAACCAAUUUGCUGCUUUUCACCCUACUUCCGUUAACUUUGGCAGGAAGCCCGCUGACUUUGGUGUUCACCAUCUCGUUUACUUCACGCUCAUGCACUCCAAGAAGAUGUAUGCUUGGAAGACCGGACCCAUCGACGAUCUCGCUAUCGUGCUUCUAUGCGGGGAAAGUGAAUUCAAGCACUAUACCCAGAUUCACUCUAACAUGUUGUCCAUCGAUCGGAAAACCGGAUAUCAGCUCGCCGCCAAAGCUAAUGUUGUGCUCAAGAUUCUUUGCAACAAUUUCGAACUAAAUCUAUCGACCAAAGUCUCAGAUACCCCCUUGGGCAAUGGCAGUGAUAAAUUUAUCGUGUACUGCGACUACCACAAAGCGACGUAUGCGACCAACAUGUGA